GAGAGGUGCUGCUUCUGCUGCUGCUGCUGCUCUUGGAUUGAUUCGUUUGAUGAUGGAGAAGAAGGACUUGGAUUUGGUUCUGGUGCCGAUUGGGUUGGCGGUCAUGGUUUCGUACCAUGUUUGGCUGCUCUACAGAAUCAGAAGGCACCCCAAGACCACCGUCCUCGGCAUCAACGCCAUCAACAGAGUCGUCUGGGUGAAAGCCAUGAUGUCUGAUGCGAAGAAUGCCAUUCUAGCAGUACAGACGCUUCGGAACAACAUCAUGGCAUCCACUCUUCUCAGCACGACGGCGAUCAUGCUCAGCUCUCUGAUCGUGGUGUUGAUGACCAGCAAUUCUGUUGGGAUAUCAUCUGGGGGCGAAGGAUACGGCGGCGGACUCAUACACGGGAACAGCAGCAAGUUGCUGCUGUCGAUCAAGUUCUUCGCCAUACUGGUGUGUUUCCUAACAGCUUUCCUGCUAUUUGUUCAGUCAGUGAGGUAUUACAGCCACACCGGCGUCCUCAUCAACGUGCCCCUCAAGAAUCAUGCUCCAACUCUGACGCCUGAGUAUGUGGGGAGGAUCAUAAACAAGGGAAGCUAUUUCUGGUCUCUCGGGAUGCGCGCCUUCUACUUCUCCUUCCCUCUGGUUCUUUGGAUCUUUGGCCCUAUACCCAUGUUUGUUUCUUCCAUUGGCAUGGUUUUCUUUCUCUAUUUUCUUGAUACUUCCCAUGAUCCUGUACUCAGUGCGGAGGUCCAGAACGUAGAGCUAGUGUGAAGAAGCGGCAUACGUAGAAAAGAUACAUAAUACAUUAUAUGUUAUGUAAGUAGGUCUGGCAGCCGCUUUUGAUAUAUAUAUAUAUAUAUAGUCUAGAGGUUUCAACUCAAGUUGAAGAAGCUCUAGUCUAGUGACAGAUUCAAUUUCCAGUUGAAUCUGCUCGUGUCAGAUUAGAUAAUAAGGUUGAGAAUUGAGAUUCAACUAAAGUUGUAUGUAUUCCCUAGCAGGGAUCUUGUUCUUUACAUGACUAAUUCGAAUUUGAAGCAAUG